AUGGAAGGACUCGAAUUGAAGCGUAUGGAGGGUGUGGCUUUACUGUUGGCUCUACAAAAUUCAAGAAAAACACUCAAGUGUUUGUACUGCUGGGGGGCUUUCGAGAGAACCGAGGGUCCUCUUCUCGUGGACACUGGGAACUUCAAUGGCACCGGAGUCUACAAAGACCGAGUAAUUCGGGAGAGUGAGUGGUUGCAGGCAAUAGGAUAUCUUCAAAGUCUCACAACGCUCUCACUCAACUACGCGUACAUUGCGAAUGCUGAAGGGGAUUUCCUGAUCAAAUUAUCGGAGACGAUUGGAGAGCAUUGGCGGUGGCUUCAGUUGCUCUGCAUUGAAGAUGAAAUUCCAGUGAUUACGAAUCCUAAUGAUGGAGUGGGAGGCCAUGAGAUACCGGAUAUUGCUUGGAAAAAUGCGAGGGUUUUUGCACCUGAAUUGAAAGUGCAAUUUGUGUUCGUCGAUGUCUAUGGAUACGAUAAUCAGAGGAGAUUUCUGAGCAAGAGUAUACCUGUGCACACGAUAAUAAUUUCAACAAGUGUCAGAAUGAAACGCGAGGAUCCCUCUAUGAUCGACUGCACGAUAAAAACUCUUUGGUUUUGGUAUCCCGAGACUCUGGUUCAUCUAGCUCUACAACUCUGGCAUCACCAAGAGACGCUAGACAGUCUCCUAAAAAAAAUUCUAAUAAACUUACCGCACGUAGAGGUCCUCGAAUUCACCGGUGAAGUAAGAGAAAUGAAAACUCUGCACACAAUCUGCACCCAAAUCACCAGCCAAACACUCAAAAUAAAAUACAUCAGCUUUCAUUUGCAAAGACCCAUCCAUGCCCUCAUAAACGAAGAAGAAUGGAAGACAAACACCUUAAACUUAUUAUCAACCUUUCAACAAGAUUUUACGAAACAGGGAAUCACCUUUAUAAUAAACUUCUACCCAAUGUGA